CAUAUCUGUGUCACUUGUAUAUUGCGAUGCUCGUCUGCUUGCAGAUUGGCAAUCGCUUGCUGAUAAGCUCAGACGGCAUGAACCUGCACACCACGGCGUUGUCGGGGUUUAAACAAGAAUGUUUGUGGUCAAAUUUUUUUGGGAGCAGGACGCGCUUUGCCAGUCUUGGACGGUUUCAAUGGAUACUUUGCUUCAAGACACGUUGGCGGAUCUAGGGUACACUGUGGAAUGCUUAUGCAUUGUUCAUCGUUUGCACUACUUACCUUCUUUUUGUUUUACAAGUACCUUUGAACCUCCUUUAUCCUCAACAGAGCAGCCGGACAACUAUGUCGACGAACCUAUACCAGCAACAACGUUUUGUACCACCGAUAACUUUGCCUCAUCAGCCAAUUACAUCAAUCUGCUCCUCACUGCUCGUGGAUAUCCAGUGCCUCUUGUCUUCAAGAGCGAUCAGGUCGAGGAUGCUUGUAAAAUAAUCAACUGUCUGCAUCAACUGCUACAAGACGGCAAGCACAGUGCGGACGAACGACAGGAUCUCCAUGAUACCAUUGAUCGAUUAAAGCAAGAUCAGGAACAAUUACAGUUGAGAUUGGACAAGUGCAAUCAUCAGCUACAAGCCAAGGAACGAGAAAACAUACAACUAAAAGCCAAGAUCGAAUCAACCGGCCAAGAAUUGAAAAAAGAAAUUCAACAAAGCCGCAAUAUACGAGAAGAACUGUCAAAAGCAAAAAAUAAUAUGCAAUAUAUGAAAGCUCAAUAUGCGCAUGAAACGCGACGGCACGAACAAGAACACGCAAAGACACGAGAACGACUGCUUAAAUUGAUGGAUGAGAAAUCUCGAGUGGUCGUUGGACUUUUGGAAAUGAAGGAACCGAUGCCCAACGUCACAGCACGAAUCCACGGUCAUGACGAACUUGUAGAACAACGUAUUAUGUACAGUGAUCUUCUGAACAAGAGCAGCGAACGUGAACGAGAAGCAAGAACUGAGAGCGAAGAAUUCCGAACAUGUCUCAUCGAAAUCUAUACCGCUGUACGACGACUAUUAGAACGCCAAAUACAAAAUUAUGACGAAACAUUCCCACAAAUGUCAGAGGAAAAAAAUCUGGCAGAAGAAGUAGGCAAAUUUCGUUUACCGUUGAAUUUUGGAUCGAAAGAAGCCAUUCAGCAUGUACAUGAUCUGCUGGACAGAUUGCAGGAGGAAUGGGAUCGGGAAGUGAAAGACAGACAACUGAUUACUGCAGAUGAUAUUAUGGAAAAAGAUCAGACCAUUCACGAACUGGAACAACAAAUCGAAGAUUUGAUUGAAGUCCUCGAACACACUCAAAAAGAAAAGGAUGAUGCCGCGAAAAUUCACAUGAAGUAUGCCAAUGGUGGAUUUUUUGACACUCUCGCUCCUGUCUAUUCAGCAAGGCUCGAAAUAUCAGAUUCGGAGAGCUCGGUUUUGGAAGAUGAAGAAGAGGAAGAAGCCAAAUGGAUGAAGCGACAGAGAGAAGCACGUCAAGAACGACAGCAAGUAACAGAGUUGGCACUUAAAUUAGGGCAAGAACGAGCCAAGUUGUCGGCAGAACGAUGGGCUUUCAAGGAAAUGAAAAGAGAAUUACAACUGCAAGAAGUGUUGGCCGGUCUGCCAUCUUCACCCGAGCGACCGUCUCCCGAACCACCGACCUCAUCAGAUUUAUCCGCAUCCCCACAACGACCUGCGUCCGUUCGACGGACUCACUUUAGCCCACUGUUAACAUCACGACGAACUUCGGCACUUCCAGCAGACAGCGGUCGAGCUCAUAAACGACUUAAAUCUUGGCUUGGUCAUGCUCCCUCCACCCACUUUUAAACCCCAUCCAUUUCAACCACCAUUUUUCCUUUUCUUUUCUCAUGGCGUCAUAAUAAAUCAGAUAAUCGUCCCCCCCCCCCUCAUGGGUUUACAAAUGUUUCCACAGCUUGUCCUUCUCCCACGUUCGUCAUCCCUCAGUCCGUUUUGAGAUGCUCAAUUACCAGUCUUCAUUCGUUUGUAUGAUCGAGAAGACGCUGAAUAAAUGUACACAAAUUAAAAAGCUCAUGACGCUGAAAUACAGGCGCUGCAAAAUUUAUUUGCGUUGUUUUUAACGGAGACGACGAGCUUCACGUUCGGAUUCCAAGAGACAGAGGAUGUCGUUUUCGCGGACGGGACCCUUGACGUUACGGAUGAUGCUACGGUUGGAAUCGUCCAUGAAUUCAACGCGGACUUGAGUGACACCACCACGGGAGCCAGUACGGCCGAGAACCUUGAUCACUCUAGCGAGUUUGACGGGCUGCUUUUGAGCGUCC